AUGGGGCCUCUUGUGAUUUCUUCAAGUUUUCUUUGGUUUCUGUGCUUUGUUCUCAGUGCACACGUAGAAGCUAAUAACGGUUGGCUUAACGCUCAUGCAACGUUCUAUGGGGCCAAUCAAAAUCCCACCACCCUUGGAGGAGCUUGUGGCUACGAUGACACAUUUCAUGCUGGGUUUGGUGUGAACACUGCCGCAGUGAGCACCAUGCUAUUCAGAGAUGGUGAGGUUUGUGGAGCAUGCUACCAAGUAAUGUGUGACUUUAGGGCAGACUCCAAAUGGUGCCUUAUCAGCCGCAGUGUAACGGUAACCGCCACAAACUUUUGCCCUCCGAACAACCACGGAGGGUGGUGUGACCCCCCUUACCACCACUUCGACAUGUCCAUGCCAGCUUUCAUUCGCAUUGCACGACAGGGCAAUGAAGGCAUUGUGCCUGUUCUUUAUAGAAGGGUGGCGUGCAAGAGAAGAGGGGGAGUGAGGUUCACACUGAAGGGGCAAUCCAAUUUCAACAUGGUGAUGAUAUCCAAUGUUGGUGGGAGUGGGGGUGUGAAAGCUGUGUGGAUCAGAGGAUCCAGAAGUGGAGCAUGGUUGGCAAUGCACAGGAACUGGGGAGCCAACUGGCAGAGCAGUGCAGAUCUCAGAAACCAGAGACUCUCAUUCAAGAUCACAUUGGUUGAUGGCAUGACUCUGGUCUUCCUCAAUGUGGUGCCUUCCACUUGGAGAGUCAAAUUUGAUCUGCGUUUGGCAAUGUCGUGGAAGCAGUUAUUCUCUGCGUCUCGGAACUUCGCCGCCACUUUUGUGCGUCAAUGCUCUUCCACGGCCACCACAAACCGUAGAAACCUCUAUUCCCGAAUCAGUCCCCUCGGUGACCCUUCCCUCAGCGUAGUCCCCGUUCUAGACCAGUGGAUCCAGGAAGGAAACGCCGUUAACGCCCCCCUCCUCCAACGCAUCAUCAAAGUCCUCCGUUCUCGCAAGCGCUUCACCCAAGCACUUCAGGUUUCUGAAUGGAUGAGUAGCAAAGGGAUUUGCCUAAUUUCCCCGGGUGACCAAGCGGUGCAGCUAGAUCUCAUUGGUAGGGUUCAUGGAGUGGAGACUGCAGAGAGAUAUUUUCAGAGUUUGAGUGAUGGAGACAAAAAUUGGAAGCUUCACGGUGCUCUUUUGAACUGUUAUGUGAGACAGGGAUUGGUUGAAAAGUCACUCUCCCAGAUGCAGAAGAUGAAGGACAUGGGUUUUGUUUCGUUUCUCAAUUACAACAACAUAAUGUGCCUCUACAUGCAAACCGAACAACUUGAGAGAGUCCCUGAUGUUUUGGCUCAGAUGAAGGAGGAUGGUGUUCCUCCAAACAUUUUCAGCUACAGGAUUUGCAUGAACUCUUAUGGCGCGAGAGGUGACCUCGCGAAUGUGGAGAAACUGUUGGAGGAGUUGGAGAGGGAACCCCACGUUGGCACAGAUUGGAUGACAUAUGUUAUGGUGGCCAGGUUCUACAUAAAAGCAGACAUGAAGGAAAAGGCAUUGAUGUACCUGAAGAAGUGUGAGGAAAAGGCAGACAAGCGAGACGCGCUUGCCUACAACCAUCUGAUUUCACACUAUGCAAGUCUUGGAAGCAAGAGUGCCGUAAUGAGGAUUUGGAGGCUGCAGAAAGCCAACUGCAAGAAGCAGUUUAACAAUGAGUAUAUAACCAUGUUGGGAUGUUUGGUGAAGAUGGGGGAGCUUGAUCAAGCUGAAGAAGUACUCCAUGAGUGGGAGUUAUCUGGUAACACUUAUGAUUUCAGAGUACCUAACAUCCUUCUGAUUGGGUAUUCCCAAAGGGGAUUGGUGGAGAAAGCAGAAGCACUGCUCCGGAAUAUGGUUGCGAAAGGGAAGACGCCGACUCCGAACAGUUGGAGCAUCAUUUCAUCUGCGUAUGUGGCUAAGGAGAACAUGGAGAAGGCAUUUCAGUGCAUGAAGGAGGCUGUGGCUGUGCAAGCACAGAAUAAACGUUGGAGACCAAAUGCUGAUGUUAUUUCCAGCAUAUUGAGUUGGGUCAAUAUUAACAAAGAUAAAGGGGAAGUGGAAGAUUUCGUCAAUUCAUUGAAGACUGUCCUUGAUCAAGAUGGUAGAUGUGGGAAGGAUGUAGAUGGGCAUUUAGAAAGUAUGAAAGUUAAUAAUAUUGAGAUGGAAGAAGAGAUAAAGGAAACUCCUUAA